CUCUCGCGAAAAACCAAACUCUCCAUGUUGCUAGUGUUUAGUGUUCGACGAUAGUCAGCAGCAGGUGAAUAAACAAAUGCUGGUCACUUUAUGUGCUAGGAAAAAUAGUCUACAAGGCCUUUUGAACCUCGUUGGUGAUUAAGUAGUUUGCAGAAUGUGAUUUUAGAUUUUUAGAGUUUGUUUAUUUUUGAAAUUUACGCUUCCGAACUGUGAUGGAAGAUAGUGGGAUUGACAGUGGAGAUCACAAUGGAGAUUCGAAUUCUAAGCCGAAUGGAAGUGAUAGUUCGAGUGCCAGCAGCAGUAAGUCAAUACCACGGACAUCGACAGCGUCUACCUCUCGCCAGCUACAGAGAAAACUUGAAGCUCGGAUAGAGCAAGCCAAAAGACUUCAUCAAGAUUAUGCUUCCUCCACCCCCGGAUUGAUUCCUAUACAGAGGCUUCCCAUACCCGGUGCCAAAGAUUUGCAACCCCUUGUACAGUGGGAUACAGAUGAUAGUGAAGAAGACAUCGUCAAUUUCUUUCCGCAAGCUAGGAAAGAAUCGAAGGUGCACCACGAACUGACCGAUACGUUUAGCAUAGAGGAAAUGAGCAUAUCAGGAGACGAUGAAGAAGAAGACUUACAUCUAGUGCCACCUACAACUAUUUAUAAAACUUUUAAGUGUUGUCCGUUUUCUACAUGUACUAUUAUAUGAAUUUGUUAUUAAUUUAGGUCUAUUUUAAAGUACUAACAAUAAUAAAAAUAGUUGAAUUUUA